GACUUAUCAGCUGUUCCCCGGAACAAUCCGCAGUUGGGCACGCACUCACGUAGCGCUGAAAUCAGAGAACCCAUGUAAAAAGUCCCUUAUAAGCUAGUUAAUAAACAAAACUAUCUAAAAAGUAGAAAGAUGAGCCCCUCAAUCAGCGCGGCAGACAAGCUAGACUAUGUAAAGAGCAAGAUUGGCGAGUAUCCGGACUUCCCAAAGGAGGGCAUUCUGUUCCGCGACAUUUUUGGAGCGCUCACGGAUCCGAAGGCCUGUGUGUACUUGCGGGACUUGCUGGUGGACCACAUCCGGGAAAGUGCUCCCGAGGCGGAGAUCAUCGUGGGACUGGACUCGCGGGGCUUCCUCUUCAAUCUGCUCAUUGCCACCGAGUUGGGUCUGGGAUGUGCUCCGAUUCGCAAGAAGGGCAAGCUGGCAGGAGAAGUGGUUUCCGUGGAGUAUAAACUGGAGUACGGUAGUGACACCUUUGAGCUGCAGAAAUCCGCCAUUAAGCCGGGCCAAAAGGUCGUUGUCGUAGAUGAUCUACUAGCCACAGGUGGUUCCCUGGUGGCCGCCAACGAACUCAUCCGCAAGGUGGGCGGCGUUGUCGUGGAGAGCCUGGUGGUCAUGGAACUAGUUGGACUGGAGGGUCGCAAGAGGCUGGAUGGAAAAGUGCAUUCCCUCAUCAAGUACUGAGAGCUAAUCGAAUUGUAACGAAGGCCUUCCACACUUGCAUUUACCUAUUCAAGUAGCGAAUUUUUAUGAAAACUUUGAAAUGUCAGUAGUUUUUGAAGCAGAGGCUUAUUUUUAUAACGAAAUAUAUUUGGCAUUGAUAACAGAA